AUGUACGCUAAUGCGUACAUGUAUGUGUACGAAAAAGAACAUAUCUUGACCAAGUAUACGCAAUACAUUCAAGGUUAUUGUCGAUACAUCAAUGACUUAGUCAUUAUAUGGAAUGGCUCCUUAGAAAUGGCACAUCAGAUGGUGAUACAGUUAAAUCAAUUAUCCUCACCAAUUAGGAUGACAGCCAACAUUGAUGUGGAACAAGUACAAUUUUUGGAUCUCUCUAUCUCCAUAGGUGAUGGGAAAUUGGAAUACAGUAUGUUUACCAAACCUACGGACAGGAAUACACUUUUACAUUAUCAGAGUGCGCAUCCAGUAGCACUCAAGAACUCCCUACCUAAGGCGCAAUACCUACGGGUUAUCAGAAAUAAUUUGAAGCCAGAAGUAAUGGAACAACAACUACAGGCGAUGACAACUAAGUUUAUGGAAAGAGGUUAUCCACAACCAAUCUUACAAAAAGCGCUUCAAGAUGCAAGACAUGCACGCUCAAGUGAAAAGGCAAGCAGCCCCACAAAAUUAGUAUUUCCUAUGCAAUUUCAUCAGUCUGCUACAUUAAUUUAUUCUGCUAUCAAAAAGAAUUGGAAAAUGUUAUCAAGUGAUGACACUCUCCCUAAAAUAUUUAAAGAACCUCCUUUGAUAUGCUAUAAAAGAAACAGAAAUUUAAAGGAUAUGUUAGUACAUACUGACCCCAUUAAAAUUAUACAACGGCCAUGA